AUGUCUCGAGCAGACUAUCUAGCCAAAUACCUCUCCAAGGGAGAUGAGAAGAAACUGAAAAAGAAGCUGAAGGGUUCAAAAAGCUCAAAGAAAUCCAAGCAAGAUAACACCCAAGUCAUCAUUGGUGGACUAAAUCCAUCCAGUCUAACCACAAAUACAAAUGACCAGGAAGAGGUUUCUGAGGACCCUUUUCUAGCCGUCGAAGAUGAAUAUGCUCCUACAAGUGUGGCUAGCAUGCUGGCUCCAAAGGUAAAUAAAGGAUUUCGCCGUAUUGAUGACGGAAAGGUCGUUGAAAAGAAACCAGCAUCUGUCGAGAUAGAGCAACCAGAAACGAUAUAUAGAGACCUGACAGGUCGGAAAAUUGACCUUCAGAUGCGUGCUAAAGAGUUAAAAGAGGAAAAGGAGCUUAAAGAAGAGCAAGACCGGGCCAUUAAGGAGAAAAUUGGCUCUGGAGAACUUGAUAAGCUUAGGCAGAAAGAACAUGAUCAAAAGGUAGACAAAGCCAAGCGAUUUGACUACUCAAAGGAUAAUGACGAGUAUGUGGACCACAUGAACAGUAUUCCCCGGUUUGAAGACCCCAUGUCUGCUUUUGUUGGUGGAAGCCGAACGAAAGUCCCCACUACUACAGAGACGGGCAGACCUGUUUACACGAAGGGAUUAAAUCCUACCAAUCGAUUCAAAAUUAAGGCAGGGUACUUUUGGGAUGGAAUUGAUCGGUCGAAUGGUUUUGAGGAUCGACUUGUGAAGAAACGAAGCGAGUUACAUGUGGAGAAGUUCACGUCCAAAGCUGCUGCUGAGUCUUACACGGAAUAUGAUUUUGAUUGA